GAUUGGAUAAUGUUUGUUUGUUGAUGCCGCUGCCUAUGCUUGCUAAAAUAGUGAAAACUUAGUUAACGCCACUUGGAUGUGUUCAAAUUUGGGUUAGUGUUGUUAAUGGCUUGCUUAGAACAUAAUAUAAACAAACUCUAAUCGCCGUUAACCCUUGUGCGCGUGUGUGAGGUGUUAGCUUGCGGCUUUUUUUUGGGUGUGGAAUCGCUUGUUUUUGUUGUUGUUGCAAACACAUAUACCUAUGCUACGCUAUGCAACAACAAUUCGUAGUACGUACAGUGCUCUCUCUAAAUAUUUAUUUAAAUAAAUUUUGCAAACAAAGCGAUUGCCAAUCGCACCUCUUGCUUCUAAAGCUUCCCUUUAUCGAGUGAUCACUGCACCCCGCCACCAGCAUCCCCUACCCGCCCUUUUAGCCGGCGACAAAUAGACAGGGGAGCGAAGGAGACACAAGACAAGUGCAUCGCAUUUGGCGAGAGGAGCGGAGCAGCAUCACCCAAUGCAUUUCGCAUCUCGCAUCAUUGAAAUUAAUCAAGUGAGCUCCUCAUUCGCGUGCGGCGGCCAAAGGAAACAACAACAAGUGAUGGAGCAGCGGAACUAACUAACCGACUGACUGCCGCCCGUAAAAGGACAUCGAGAGCACAAGAGAGAGGAGCAGCAAACACGCCCAUCGGCAGGACGAAAAACAGAAGGCAACACAAAGCACACAUACAUAUGCAAACGUCCUUGGCUCCUGGACGCCAACUGCGGAUGUGGAGGAGGACGCAGGACGAAGGAUAGCUGACGUCUGAGACAACAAACAACAGGAACAAUCCAACACCAACAAUACCACCUACAACAACAACAGCAACCGACAAACGCAAUUACGUUAAAAGGUGCGCCCAACAACAUGGCAGAGGCAGCGGCAGAAGGAGGCGCUGGUGGAGGAGCAAGUGGCCCCAGUGGAGGAGGUGGCAACGACAUCGGUUUAGGCAUCGGCAUCGAGAUGCUCAAGGCUCUGUACGACUUCCAGGCGGUCUAUCCCAAGACCAUCAGCUUCGAUGAGGGCGAGUACUUCAUCCUGUACCAGACGUCCGCCCGCCAGCGCAAUUGGUGGCAGGUGGUCAGCAUGAAAGGCAACAUUGGCUUUGUGCCCUCCAAUUACGUAAUGAAGAUUAAGGUGGAGCACGACUUUCUCAUCAGCUUUCUGAACUCCUCAAUCGAAUCGCUGGAGAAGUGCACGGAUCAUGAGAUCAAUGGCAUCAUGUCCAAGGACGAACUGCUCGACAGGCUGCGCGAGAAGAAGAACACCAUGGAGCGACUGUAUGCGGAGAGUUCCGAGCGCGACGGCGACUCCUCGCUGUCCUAUUCACACAGUUACAGUGACAAGGGUAGCCACCGGCACUCGCAUCCCCAUCCCACCCAGUCGCAGACGCAGCUUCAUUCCCAGCACAGGCAGCACAGUCCGCCGCCCAGCGGCAGCGGCGGCUCCCAGCGUUUGGACAUGAGCAAGAAGAGCAUGUCCAGUCCAGCGGUGGGCUCAUCGUGCGGCCUUCCCCAGAAUCAGGGCAUGAUCGAGUCGCCCAGCAUGGGCAGCAUGCAGUUCCAGGGCAGCAGCUGCACCAUCCAGACGCCGCAGCAGCAACAGCCGCUCCCAGCACCGCCAGCACCAGCUCCAUCACCAUCGGCAGCACCAGCCACACCCACCACUGCGGCAUCAACGAGCAAAGCGGCCACCGGCGGAGACGUGGCCCAGGACAAUAGCAUCACGUCUGAGCCAUCGGAGACGACAACGACCACUACGACGACCAGCGAAGAUGUGGUCACCACUUACAAGGAGACCAGCCAAAUGAGCACCAGCCAGCAGCACAAGCCGCAAAAUGGCAGCACUGCCUCGGCGUCCAUUUCCGCAUCUGUGUCGGCCUCAGCUCUGCGCAGCAACGGCGGCAACGGCAAGGCCAACGGGAGUGCGGCUGCCCUGCACCAGGAACUACAGCAGGAAGAAGCGGACAGUGCGCCGGACAAGUCGGAUGAUGCCAGCGCCGUGCAAAGUGACGACGGCUGCCAGGCCAACGGAGACAGCGCGGAUAAUAGCCAGGCGCUGGACAGCAUCGACAGUCCGUCGCAUAGGCAACGCGGCCUGAGUCUUGGCAGAGUCGAGGAGGGAGCCACUGGAGGCGGCCAGCUGAAGGUGGAGUCUUCGGAUGUCUAUCAGAUUGUGGACGCCCUGCGGCGGAACACCAACCUCAGCUUCGAUCUCUCCUGCGAGGCGUUGCGCGUGGUGCUGACCAGCCUGGAGCAGCUGUACAACGGGGCCAUCAAUCCGUACCUGGAGGCGGUGGCCGUCCAUGUCACUGGAAAGGUGGCCACGCCCAAGGAGCUGCUAGGCAUUACGCACGAUGCCAAGCGGUUGCAGUAUCUCUUUGCCCAGCUGGCUGACUGCAAGAACGACACGGAGCAACGCACUUGGAUGCUCUACGAGGACGAGGAGGACAUCAUUCAGUUCCUGGAGGAGCUCGUCGAGAUAUUGAUAAACGCCGAUGAGAGCAUAAGUUGCUACGAGAUGUCCUGCGAUCAGUACCAGAUGUUUAUCAAUCUGGUGCAGUACUACCAGAUGGAGACGCGCUGGUCCAUCAAGCGACUGCUGCUCAAGACCUUUACGGCCGCUUGCCAUCUGGACUAUAUCAUUGUAGAUAUAUUGCUGACCUCGGUGCUGCCAUUGGAGAUUGUCGAGGACAUGAAGACGCACUUCUCCAAUCUGGAUCGCUUCAAGCAGCUAGUCAAGAUGCUCACGAUUAUCUUCUCACUUGGUCAGCCCAUGCCGGUUAAUCAUCAGGAUUAUUUGGGCGUCCACUUCGCCAGCUUCCUGCUGGAAAUCGUCGAGGGCAAUAAUCCGGAGGUCUUGGUGGACAUGGUCAUUGCCUUGAUAUUGGCCUUCAACCAGCAAUUCAGCGAGCACACCUACAAUGUCAUCAUCGAGGGUAUGCAGAAUCUGCCAUCCGCCAAGGUGUUUACGGAGAAGCUGCUACUUUUGCUCAAUCGGGAGGAUGAUCCCACACGCUUGCUGAAGCAUCCCAAUGAGCAUAUGAACACGGUGCUGCGAAUGUUUAUCGACAUAUUCAGCCAUCCGGAUACGGCGGGCAUGUUCUACACGAACGACAUCAAGGUGCUUAUCGAUAUAGUGGUUCGCCAGCUGUCCGAUUUGGAUGCCGGCAGUACGACGCGGCCCUGCUACUUGGAGCUGUGCCGACGCAUUCUGCGCAAUACGAACUAUCAGGAGCACCAGCAUCGCAAGCAUGAUCUCAUGAAGAUCUUCACGCGCAUCUUCUGCGAGGAGACCGAGUGCAGUGCCUCCGAUCAGCAGCUGGUGCGGGAAAUAGCCAACGAGUUUCCGCAGCUGUUCAAGGCCUAAGACACUUACGAUCCGUAAACCAAAACAACAAAAACCCAAACCAAAACGAAAUCACGGAGGGAAACCAAAAUUGUAAAGCGUUGCUAGUGAGGCGAGCCGUUUAAAGCGAGCCAAACCGUAAAAUCUUAAAUAAUUUCAAGUUUGAUCAGUGCAUUUGUUAUGCGUUUGUUUAGCGUCUCGGCCUAGGAUAGCCCGAAAGUCAAAAAAUUCAAAUGAAUGCAUUUCGAUCCAUACCGGAUCGAGAGCGAGCACAUACGCGACUCUACAUAUAUCUUAUGAACAUAGUCUGUAAGCAGGACAAAUGUACUAGUUGCAUGUGGAGUAGAUGCAACCUCAUAGAGAUGAUACCCAAUAGCGAUUACUGCGUAUCCGUAAAGAACUAGACGAAUGAAGGAAGCUAUAGUCUAUAGUGUAACACUAAAUUAUCCCCAGUUUAGGAUGAUUUCACUAAUUUAGAAUUUAGCCAGGGACAAUUUUAGCCAGAAGCAGAGUCAGAGAUUAGCCUCACUUUUAAAUUUUUAUAGUUAUAAUUGCCGAUUUGUUUGGAAUUCAAAAUUUUGACAAAACAAAACGAGAAGGAGGAAUACGAAAGAACGAGUUCUUUCGAGAAAUACAAUAUUUAUAGCCUAAUUAUACACCUAUAAUGAAAAUAUACAUUCAUGGCAAAUGCGAAUGAAACGUUAAUUGCAAUCUACAAGUAAACAAUUGAUAUAUAUUAACGAUGUAUGACCGCAGUAUUUGCAGCUAGCAAAAUCCAAAGCGAUUCGAAUGUAACGAGCAUAUAAUGUUAAAUUUGUUUAUAUAAUCUAUGAGGAGGAGAACUAAGCCGAACAGGAAAUCAUUGACAAUUGUUAAAGCUCAAAUACUUAUUAAUUGGAGCCUAAGGAGGCAUGAAAUUUAAAAAACAAAUAUAUAUGCAGGAGCAUUGAAAGUAAGGACACCCAUUCGCAUUUCUCCCUCAUUAAAACCCACACACACUCACUGUGGCAAUUGCGUAUGACAUUAAUGCAAAUUAUUGCGCAGUAAACAGAUUCAAUUAUUUGUUAAAUUUGUGUAUACAUUUUUUUUAAUCUGAACUGUACGGUUUUAAUCUCCAGCAAGCGCCACCUUUUCUCUAUAUAUCUCUCACUAUUUCUCAAGAAAAAUAACAACACGAAAUUCGCAGCGGAUCCUUCGAAAAAAUCCAUUUAAUCUAUUUUAACAUUGUUUUAAGGCAGCUAUUAUGUAUGAGUAUGUUAUUUAGUAGUUAGAUUUGAGGGGGCCUAGGAUCUCUCAUUUUAGUUUUGAUGCAGGAAUAUUGUAUUUAUUUUCGAGUGCACGAUCCGCUGGGAAUAGUUAUAACUAUCUCUAUAUAAACACAUACAGCCAUAACAACAUAAAGAGUUUUGGACAGAUUUCAUUGGCCUUUCUUUGUUAUUGUUACGUCCCAGUUAUACAACUUAAAAAUUAAAACAACGAAACUCAAAUGAAAAUGAACAUUUUAGCUCAGAUUAGUAAUGAAAUACUAAAAGUAGGGGCGGAAACCACAUUUGAUUUUCAUUCUUCAUCGGACUUGGUAACCUAAAGAAUAUAAUGGAAAUCCGGAUAUCAUUCCACUUUAACAAGAGCAAUACAUUUUUUAGUUUUUCACGCCCUCCAGUUAACAAAAAGUGGUUUAGUAAACACUGCCUAUAGCUUAGGAAAACAUUUAAAAUUCGCUUCAGCCUGAAUUUAAGUAAAAGUUAAUGUAAUUAUAGAAUUCAGCAUUUUGCAAUAAUAUCUAGUGUGGUUUCCCCCUUAAACUAUUGCGAUCCAAUUUGAUCUUAAGUUUUAGAGGUCCUCAUUGUUAUAUUGUUUAAGAAACCAAUUUUAAUCAAAACGCAUGAGCAUGAUAUUAAAAGAUCUAUUCAAAAAAUCCCUCUAUGGAUUUCAUUUUUAAAUUGUAAUUGAAAUUGAAAUUCAGACAAGCUGCGCUGAUGCAUGAACGAAUUUAAUUUGCCAAGUUUCAAAACGAAUAGGAGUAUUUACAAACAGUUAAAAACUAAACUAAAUCAGAAACUAAAACCAAUAUUAGCCACGAAUUGUACCUUUCGAUUUUGAAUUUAUAUAACACUCUCGGUAUUUGCAAGAAAGAAAAAAAACAAACAAAAACAAAAACAAUAAGGCAAAGAGUACACGAAGCUGCAAUAAAAACAAAUAAUGUUUAAAAGUACUACGUUAACAAAAACAUACACGUUUUACGUCAAGCAAAUAGAGCUAAUUUAAAAGAUUGUUAUCCUCUCAUUUUUUAACACGAAAUAGAGAUCCUAAAUACAGAAAACCAAACAAAUUACAAGUUUUAAUAAACGCAUUCAAAAUGUAACGGAACGAAAUUACAAUUGUAAGAAACGGAAAUAAUAAAUACAAAAAUUCAAGUAUA